CUCUCUCUACAAUUACAUAACAAAUAAAAAGAACAAGAGAAAUUUCUUAUUUGCCUCAAUUUUAGGCUGAGGAUAUGUGAAAGCUUCUCUCUUUUCUUUAAGGCACAAUUGAUUGAAUUGGAUUAGAUUACCGCUGUUUGAUUUCUACUGUGCAAUUUUACAAAGCAGUAGGGCAUAUUGCUAAAUUCAUUAUUCUUAGUAUUAUUUAAGCAGCAGUUUUUUUUUUCUCACAUGGAAGCCAUAAAGAAGCAAGCUGCCAAGCUUAGGGAGCAAGUUGCCAAGCAGCAACAAGCAGUAUUGAAACAUUUGGGACAUUUUGGUAAUGAAGCUGUUAUUGUUGAUGAAGCUGAAUUUCAGUGUUAUCAACAGCUUCAAAAUCUAUACAAUUCUACCAGAACAGCUAAGCAUUUUCAGAAGAACAUUGUUCGCGGAAUUGAAGGUUUUAUAUCUGUGAGUUCAAAGCAAAUAGAGAUAGCAAGAAAAUUGGCUGAAGAUUGCUGCAAAUAUGGAGCUGAUACUCAAACAACAAAUCUUCAUGUUGCAAGAGCUGUUCUUCAAUUUGGUACCUCACAUAAUCUGAUGGAAAACGAAAGGGAAACUUUACAUGGGAUACUCGGUGAUCAGGUUUCUGUGCCUCUUCGAGCAUUAGUAACUGGAGCUCCACUGGAGGAUGCUCGCCAUUUAACUCACCGUUAUGAAAAACUCCGCCAAGAAGUUGAAGCCCAGGGGGCUGAAGUAUUGAGGCGUCGAUCAAAAACCAGGGAAUCUGAUAUAUCUGCUGAGAAUUGCAUGAGGCUUCGAAGUGCCGAAACAAGACUGACAGAGCUUAAAUCUACAAUGAUGGCACUUGGCAAAGAAGCAACUUCUGCCAUGUUGUCAGUUGAAAAUCAGCAGCAACAGAUUACUGUUCAGCGUCUAUUUACUAUGGUAGAUGCUGAGAGAUGCUACCAUCAACAUGUUCUUUCUAUUUUAGAUAAGCUACAUGCUGAGAUGGUGUUGGAGGAGCAAUUAAAUGAUUCUUCAUCGCAAUCUAUGAUCAUUCAUCAAGAUGCGAAUGCCCCGCCCCAACUUCUACAUCAGGAUGCUACUUCAAAUGGAUCUGAUGGUCAGAUACAUAAUCAAAAGGACACAGUUUUUAUAGCAAAAGUUAUACACCCAUUUGAUGCCCAAGCAGAAGGGGAGUUAAGUCUAUCCCUUGAUGAUUAUGUUGUAGUUCGGCAGGUGGCUCCAACAGGGUGGUCUGAAGGAGAAUGCAAAGGUAAGGCAGGAUGGUUUCCCUCUGCAUAUAUAGAAAAGCAGGAGAAAGCACCAGCAAAUAAGAUUGCUGAAGAAAUUUAAAUGCUUAGACUACUCUAUGAAAGUUGUAUAUUCUCUUACUGCCUGAUGGUGUCAUGUGAUAUGAUUGUGCAGCAAUCGCUUCACUGAGAGCCAGUUAUUUUUGACAUGGUAGUGCAGUGUCUAGUAAGAUUUUUCUGUAUCUAUCUGCGAAUGCAAAAUAAGGCUAAUAUUCCUGCUUGUAGUUUGUAUAUUAAAUUUGAUGUAACUGUGUUGUAUAUGUUGUCUUGGAAAUAAUGUUAAGCCCAUUUCUUGUUUGUUUUCCUUUUUUA